AUGGCUUCCAUACAAUAGUGUCAUCCACUGUUUUGAUGUCACGUUUGGUAUAAAAAAGGCUUAAAUCCAGGAAUGGAUCGCUAUAGCAUCACUCUAUCUAUCAGCCAGCAUGCACGGCAAGAUCAUCUUCUACGAGGACAGGAACUUCCAGGGUCGCUCCUAUGAAUGUAUGAGCGACUGUUCCGACAUGUCCUCCUACCUGAGCAGGUGUCAGUCCUGCCGGGUGGAGAGCGGCUGCUUUGUGGUCUACGAGAGGCCCAACUACAUGGGUCAGCAGUACUUCCUGAGGAGGGGAGAGUACUCUGACUACCAGCGUUUGAUGGGUUUAAGUGACUGCAUCCGGUCCUGCCGUAUGAUCCCCAUGUACAAAGGUAACUACAGAAUCAGGAUCUAUGAGCGGGAGAACUUUGGAGGUCAGAUGUCUGAGCUGAUGGACGACUGCGACAACAUCCAGGACCGUUACCGCAUGUCCGACUGCAUGUCUGCCCACGUGAUGGACGGCCACUGGCUGAUGUAUGAGCAGCCCCACUUCAGAGGCAGGAUGAUCUACCUGAGGCCUGGAGAGUACAGGAGCUUCAGGGAGAUGGGAUACGACAACUGGAGAUUCAGCUCCGUCAGACGCAUCACUGAAUCCUGCUAACUUCACUUCAUCAGUUUGUUUUUUUCUUUUAAAUCCAAACUCUCAGAAAUAAACAGAUAUUUUCAAUAUUGGCAA